UUUGAGACGCGUGGGGCCUCCCGAAGCCAAGCCGCCUCGAGUCUUCUAGAAAAAAGUUCACGUGAAGCCGUCGUGUGUUUGUCCUCACCGGUACUGGGUUAACAUCACCUGAAGGCGGGUCUCCUCUAUGUGGUAUUCCGCGCGUGAUCCGUUGCCCCACGGGGUUUCCCGUGUGUGACGUCAGGGGACUUCCACUUUCCAGUAAGCGGGAGAGACCAGCUGGCCACUAGCAGUGAGGCAGGGACGACGUGGUUUCACUUCAGAGCUCGUCACUGCGCACUAGUGUAGAUGACGGCUCACCGUACCCAGCACAGUCCCUCCUAGACCCGCACUACAGCGAUGUCUCUGUCGCCCGACGUUUUGUUCCACACGGGAGGUCUGGAGGUCUUCAGCAGGAUGGACGAGAACCUCGCAGAACUGGAUAUCAUCGAUGAAUUUAUCACUGAGAAUAAAGACUCGGGGCAGGAGGGUAGACCCAGGUCCCACCUCCCCGGCCCCGGCUCCCGGCUGGCCGGCCCCGGCUCCAAACUCCCCGGCCCUGGCUCACACCUGGCCGGCCCCGGCUCCCGGCUGCCCGACCCCGGCUCCGGCUCCCGGCUGCCCGGCCCUCCUCCACCCCCGGCUGAGCUGCGCUGUGGUGGCCCCCCGAGGCUCGGCCUGGACUCUUUCUCCUCCGAGCCAGUGUUGGUGGCAAGAGGCACGGCGCCACGGACCUCCUGCUCCUUCGCCCACCCCUUCCCUCCAGCGUCCCGCCCCGGGGAGAUGGCGUCUGCCCCCCCCUGCAGAGGGGCGUCUCCGUCGGGCCCGUCGCGCCGCGCCUGCGGGCCCUCCCCCGGCGGGCCCCGGACCCCCGCGGGCCCCCCGCCGGCCGCGCGGCCCUGCAGCGGGACGGAGCAGCUGGAGUCUCUGCUGGAGGCGCCGCGCCUCGCCGUCUCGGAGCAGCCCAAAGAGAGGGGCAUGAGGUUCCGCUACGAGUGCGAGGGCCGGUCGGCCGGCAGCAUCCUGGGGGCCUCCAGCACCGGGACCACCAAGGUCCAGCCCGCCAUCCAGAUUCAGGGCUCCAUUGACAAGGUGAAGAAGGUCACGGUGACGGUUUCCCUGGUGACCAAAGACAUCCCGUACCGGCCUCACCCGCACUGCCUUGUGGGUAAAGACUGUCCAGAGGGCUCUGGCAUCUGCAUGGUCAGCUUCAACCCCCACACCUGCCACCAGCACAGCUUUGCCAACCUGGGCAUCCAGUGUGUGCGGAGGAAGGAGCUGGACGCCUCGCUGCAGAAGAGGCGGAGCCAGAACAUCGACCCGUUCAUAACCGGCCAAUCAAAGAGCAUCGAGGACAUGGACAUGAACGUGGUCCGCCUCUGUUUCCAGAGCGACCUGGAGAUGGAGGACGGCCGGAAGGAGAGCCUGAGCCCCGUGGUGUCCAACCCCAUCUACGACAAGAAGGCCACCACUACCUCCCAGCUGAAGAUCACCUGUCUGAACAUCAAUAAAGGUCCCUGCAGCGGAAUGACAGAGAUUUACAUGCUCUGUGACAAAGUGCAGAAAGACGACAUCGAGAUCAUCUUCAGGUGCGACGCCUGGGAGGGGAAGGGGGAGUUCGCCCAGACGGACGUCCACCGGCAGAUCGCCAUCGUGUUCAAGACGCCGCCGUACCGCGACCAGGACAUCAGCGAGGAGUUCCCCGUGGACGUGGUGCUCCGCCGCGUCUCGGACCGCAUGGACAGCGAGCCCGUGAGGUUCACCUACCUGCCCCCCAACCCAGAUCCCUACGAGGUGAAGCGGAAGAGAAAGAUUAAGAAUGACAUCAGCAUGGCAGAGCAGUCGUGUGCGGCAGGCUCCUCCUCCUCCUCCUCCUCCCACAGCGCGGCCAUGGAGCUGUCGAGCCCUUACACCUUCCCCGGGUUCCCCGUCCCCGACGGCAUGGGGGGGGAGCUGCCGGCCACGGCGGCCCACCCCGACCCCUCCGCCCUGGGGGACCCGGCCUACGGGGACCACCAGGACAUGGACCUGCUGGCCCAGAGCUACGGCUUCACUGACGAGGAACUGCUCUCCCAGCUGCUGGAGACGCCCAACUUCCAGGCCCUGCUGUACGACCCGGGGCUCAACUCCGCCCUCCUGGACCCCGACGCCGCCCCCCCCGGUAACUACGGCAACAUGGAGGGGAUGAGCAACAACGGCGGCGGCGGCGGCGGCUUCGGCGCGUACGGCCAGGACUUCACCCAGUACAGCGACCUGUCCUUCAGCCACAUGGUGAGCGAGAGCCAGCCAGACCCCGCAGCCCAGGGGCCCGACCCCCCCCAGGGGCCCGGGGCCUGCCAGGUGGAGGUGAAGACAGAGGUGGACCUAUGAGAGGACAUUGAACAUUGGCGACGCGACCCCCGGAGUUUUGAGACUGUUACUAUGGAGACGGGCCGCUCCCGUCGACUGAUUGGCUGAUCGGUUCCUUCUUGUGUGAAUAUUCGAUGCGGGGGACAUUUUAGAGGAUGUUAAAACGUUGCAAUGGGUCACGACGUCCUGAAGGUCUUGCUGGACAAGGCUGAGGCCCCGGGGCCGGAUCACAUUCCAAACUGUCGGCGCUGCUCCCUGCGUUGCCAUGACGCCCAGGGCCAGCAGCACCACAGACGUAGCCUCAGCUAACGGCUGCCACGCCAAGAAGGUGAACACAAACGAAGAGCCGCACGCCACCGGAACCCUGCUGCUACGAACGGAGAGACAGACAGACAGCUGGAGAGAGAACGACAGCUGGAGAGAGACCGACAGGUGGAGAGAGACCGACAGGUGGAGAGAGACAGACAGGUGGAGAGAGACAGACCGGUGGAGAGAGACAGACAGGUGGAGAGAGACCGACAGGUGGAGAGAGACAGACCGGUGGAGAGAGACCGACAGGUGGAGAGAGACAGACCGGUGGAGAGAGACAGACAGGUGUGGUACGAUGGACGUGAAGGCUGGAAUCAGAUGUGAAUGAGUGAAUGAUACUCGACGUUACACGUGAAGUAAUCCUUUUUUUGUUGUAAAAUUAUGUUUGGUAAAAAAUGAAGUGCCUUUUAGAUAUUUGUAUUCCUAUAUGCAUUCAUUUCUAUAUUAUGUCUCUUGAUAUGUGAGUAGUGGUCCUUCGCUUGUUACUGCAUUAAUUCCCUCUGGUGAAUAUUGAAAUGUGUUUUGUAUUAAAGAUACGAGGCAGAUGAA